CUCCCUGCGCGCUCCCGCCACCCGCGCGCGCCGCUCCGUUGCUGCUCCGGCCGAGCGGGGGAGGCGGCGGCUCCGGCUCCGCUCCCGAUCCCGGUCCCGCUCCGGAUCCCGGUCCCGCAUCGCCGCGCGCGGGGCGGCUCGAUUGUGAGGACGAGCUGCUGCAUCAAGAAUCUGAAGAAGGGAAUUCUCUGUUAAGACUGCAAGAAGAUACUACUAACUGACUGGGGGCCAAGAACAGAGUGCAGCACUGGCUGUAGGUUUGCUGGCAUGGGUAAUCUCAUUAAGGUGCUAACCAGGGACAUAGACCACAAUGCAGCACAUUUUUUCUUGGAUUUUGAAAAUGCCCAACCUACAGAAUCUGAAAAGGAAAUUUAUAAUCAGGUGAAUGUAGUGUUAAAGGAUGCAGAAGGAAUACUGGAAGACUUGCAGUCAUAUAGAGGAGCUGGCCAUGAAAUACGAGAGGCAAUACAGCAUCCAAAUGAUGAGAAGCUGCAAGAGAAGGCAUGGGGUGCAGUUGUUCCACUAGUAGGCAAACUAAAGAAAUUCUAUGAAUUUUCUCAAAGACUAGAGGCAGGACUGCGGGGCCUGCUGGGAGCCCUGACGAGCACUCCGUACUCCCCAACACAGCACCUGGAGCGAGAGCAGGCUCUUGCUAAGCAGUUUGCAGAAAUUCUUCACUUCACACUCCGAUUUGAUGAGCUCAAGAUGACAAAUCCUGCUAUACAGAAUGACUUCAGCUACUAUAGAAGAACUCUGAGCCGUAUGAGGAUUAACAAUGUCCCAGCAGAGGGAGAAAAUGAAGUAAAUAAUGAGUUGGCAAACAGAAUGUCUUUAUUUUACGCUGAAGCGACGCCAAUGUUGAAAACCUUAAGUGAUGCCACAACAAAGUUUGUGUCAGAGAAUAAAAAUUUACCAAUAGAGAAUACAACAGAUUGCUUAAGCACCAUGGCCAGUGUGUGCAGGGUCAUGCUGGAAACCCCUGAAUAUAGAAGCAGGUUUACAAAUGAGGAAACAGUAUCAUUCUGUCUGAGGGUAAUGGUGGGUGUCAUCAUACUCUAUGACCACGUGCAUCCGGUGGGCGCUUUUGCCAAAACUUCAAAAAUUGAUAUGAAAGGAUGCAUCAAAGUUCUUAAAGACCAGCCUCCUAACAGUGUAGAAGGCCUUCUAAAUGCUCUCAGGUACACAACAAAGCAUUUGAAUGAUGAGACUACCUCCAAGCAAAUUAAAUCCAUGUUGCAAUAACAAUUACCUGGAAUUCGCACCUGCUGUAGACAGUAUUCUGCAAUGACUGAGAUGCACAGAUUUUUUUUUUUUAGUGAUUGCAACUACUAUCUCGUUCAUUCUUGCUUUUUAUUUUCUCUCUUCCUGUUUACUCUUUUUUUAAUCACUUUCUUGUACCUAAGUAAGCUCAGACUUCUUUUCUGUGCCAAAUCAAUGAAAAUUAUCAAUUCUGGAAAGUAUUUCUACUUUUCAGAAUAGCCAUCCUAAGUGGCAGCUAAUUAUACGUUGCAUUUGGAUUUCUCUGUACUGGGGAAAGAUUUGUGACUUGAACUAAAUAUUUUUAAACUUGUGGUUUUUUUCUUUUUUUGAAAAACUAAUAUUUAAUAUUGCUUCUUCUGCAUGGCAAGACUGCCUACUUCUGCUAUUUAAAAAUCCCUGAUGACUUCAUUUUCUAUUGCAGCUUAUUUUCAUGUGCAACCAUAAGGAAACUAAAAGCAGAUUUGUUUAAAUUAACUGUGUUUGUACAAAAUGGUACCCAACACAAAAGUUUUUUUAAAUGAGUAAAAACUGUUUUGUUUAAAAGUUACGUUUGCAUUUUGACUCAUUUUUGUAAGGAUGUAUGUUGUAUGUUUAACCUUUAAUAACUAACGUUAAACUGUGGUGUGUGCGUAGCAAAAUUACGUAUGCAUGUUCAUGUCAAAUGAUUGGCUGUGGAUAAGAUAAUAAAAUCAGCUUUCAUUUUUCUAAGUGUGGUUUGAUUUACCAGUAUUUCGAGUGAGAUGUCUUCGUGCUCUUUGGAUUUUUACAAAAAAAUAAAUUUAUAAAUUUUA